UUCAAUUCUUCAUCAUCAAUGGAGUAUUACACCAUAACUUUACUAAUCCUCCUCCUCACCAUCGUCUUCUUCUCAAAAAUACUACCCACCAAACACAAAUUUCCACCGGGUCCGAAACCAUGGCCUAUCAUAGGCAACAUACACCAGCUCGGCAACAAGCCUCACUGCUCUGUUGCCGAGCUUUCAAAAAUUUACGGCCCAAUAAUAUCUCUAAAACUAGGAAGCAUAUUAACAAUAGUUAUUUCAUCCCCCAAAGUAGCUCAAGAAAUGUUCUUAAAACACGAUUUAACUUGUUCUGGCAGAAAUAUUUUAGAUUCUAUAACUUCAGUUCACCAUCACGAGUACUCGAUUGUUUUUCUCCCUGUAUGUCCUAGAUGGAGAAAAUUUAAAAAAAUUGCAACAAUUCAAUUAUUUACGAAUCAACGAGUAGAUGCUAGUCAUGUCAUACGACAAAAUAAGGUGAACGAGUUAAUUAAACACGUACGAAAGUGUAGUGAGACGGGUGCACCGGUCGAUAUUGGUAAGGCCGUGUUUACGACCACGUUAAAUUUAUUGUCUAAUACGUUUUUCUCGAUGGAUUUGGCUAGCUAUGCUAGUUCGAGUACCCAAGAAUUUAAGGAUCUUGUUUGGCAUUUGCUAGAGGAAGGAGCAAGGCCUAAUGUUUCGGAUUUUUUUCCAUUAAUUAAGAAAUUGGACUUACAAGGGGUGAAAAAAAGGGCUACUAAUUAUGUUCAUAAAAUGUUAAGGAUUUUUGAGGAGAUUAUUGAUGGAAGAUUGAAAGAUUCUAAAAAUGGAAACUAUGGUGAUGAUGUGCUAAGUACUUUGCUCAAACUUGUUGACGAGAAAGAAUUGAGCCUCGAUGAAGUCAAACAUUUUCUCUUUGAUUUGUUUGUAGCAGGGACGGACACAAGUGCAAGUACCUUAGAAUGGGCGAUGACAGAGUUAUUACGUAAUCCGGAACACAUUGCAAAAGCUCAACUCGAACUAGACCAGGUUUUUGGCAAAAAUGGUUUUAUUAGAGAGUCAGAAUUUUCAAAAUUGCCUUAUAUUCAUGCAAUUGUGAAGGAAACCUAUAGAUUGCAUCCAGCAACCCCAUUUUUGGUACCACGUAAGACCGAAAAAGAUGUGGAUCUAUGUGGUUAUUUUGUUCCAAAAGAUAAACAAAUAUGGGUGAAUAUAUGGGCUAUUGGUCGGAAUCCAAGUAUAUGGCCUAAUCCACUCUCAUUUUCACCUGAAAGAUUUCUUGAACGUGAAAUUAAUGUGAACGGUCGAGACUUUGAACUUAUACCUUUUGGAGCCGGUCGAAGAAUAUGUCCUGGUAUGCCAUUAGCUUAUAGGAUGGUACACCUAAUGUUAGCUUCGUUACUUCAUUCAUUCAAUUGGAAGUUUGGUGAUGGCAUAAGUUUAGAAGAUAAAGACAUGCUCGAAGAAAAGUUUGGUAUAACACUACAAAAGGCUCAAUCACUUCAAUCAAUUCCCUUUCCUAGAUGAAGAAAUUAAUUGCAUCUAUUAUGGUCAUUAUUUGUGAACAAGUAUUUCAUUUUAAAUUAUGAAUUUCAAUUAUGAAAUAAUAAGUGAAGAAUUUGAGAAUGAUAAAGUUUGAGUAGUCAUUCUUAAAUUCUCAACUUUAACUACUUUUAAAACAAUAAAAAAAUUUGAUUCAAAUCUAAAUUUGAAAACUUUUGAUUUGCGAAAUAAUAAAUUUGAACCAAUUUUAAAAUUUCAAAUGAAAUCAUGAUUCCCAAACAUGACAUUAGCGAAAAGUUAAGCAAAAAAAACUACUUUGUCGACAAACGCUUUUGUAAUAGUAGUGUUUGUUUUUUUCUAGGAAAUAAUUUGAUAUGUACUCCCUCCGUUCCUAUUUGUUCUUCCUAUUUGAGUAUUUCACAAAGAUUAAGAAAAAGAGAAUCUUUGGUGGUAGUGGGUAUUAUUUUAAUUAUAUAAUAGUGGGAAGUAAUGAUUGUAUUGGAAGUAUGAGGUUGUAGUGGGUAUUAUUUUAAUUAAAUAAUAGUGUGAAGUAAUGAUUGUAUUGGAAGUAUGAGAGAGAAAAUAAUUAUAAAUAAAAGAAAAUGGGUACAUUAAAAGAAAAGGAGGAUUUUAAGGGGUAAAAGUGAGAUAAAAACUUUCUAAAAAUAGAAAGUAUUCUAAAGUGGAAGAACUUUUGAAACUACCCGUUAUAGUAAUGUGGAAGAUCAAAAAGGAACGGAGGAAGUAUAACGUAUUAUGGAUACUUUUCUUGUAAUGUCUUAAAUUUAAACAAUCUACCAAGUGUUAUGAUCAUAAUGUCUCGUUCGGUACACGACGUUUUUUAAUAUUGGCAUUGAUAUUAAAAUAUAAUGUAGUUUUACAAGGAAAAUCAUAUCUGAAGGUUCAUGAGGCUGAGGGUAGGUUAGAAGGACAACCACCCAAGGUUAGCAGAAAUUAGGUGUAUAAAAAUGCCCAAAUAAAAUAAUAACUUACAAUAUAAAAAAAUUAAAAAAUAAUAACUUACAAUAUAAAAAACUUAAAACACAAUGUAGAAAACGUUGUUUUCAAUAGUAAACAUGGUGGCAAAUGAUAUGCUUUUGUGGAUUUGUAUUGCUUUUGUGGAUUUGUAUUCAAUAGUAAAUAUUUAUCUUAUUGAUAUUAACAAAUUUUCAAAUCAUAAUCAAUUUUAUUUAAAGGUGUUACAUUGAGUUCUUUGCCCUUAUAAGAGGUUACUAGUACAUCUUAUUGGUAUUUAAAACUAUAAUAAGUUAUGCUAUUAAAUUUAAAUUUUAACUUGUGUCUUUAGAAUAAUAUGUAAAUCAAAAUAAUUGAUGAA